CCCGCCCCCGGCUCGCGUCUCCCGCAAGGUGGAGACGGCACUGCCGCCCGCGCCCCGCUGCCGGCCGCCGCGUCCGGGAGGUCGGCGGGGGAGGCAGGAUCCUCUCCUGGAGGCCGGGCGGGACCAAGGGCGGCAGAGGGCGACGCCGGGCGGGGAGCGGCGGCGGGGCCCCAGACCGCCGGAGUCUCGGGCACUUGCUGGCGUGUGCUGGGGCUCCGGAGGCCGCCGGCGCGUGGACGGCCGGCGCCAGGCCUGAGCGGCGGGAGGGCUCAGCCGGGGCCUGGCCCUCGGGUUUCCCACCGCGAGGGCGGAGCUGCCCUGGAGCCCCCUCACUUGGAGGGCCGAGGGCCCCUGUGGCACGCAGGCCGUUUCUCUGAGGGGACUGGAAACGUGGCGCGAUGAGGAGCCGGAGUAACUCUGGGGUCCGACUGGAUGGCUACGCUCGGCUGGUGCAUCAGACCAUCCUGUGCCAUCAGAAUCCAGUGACUGGCUUGCUUCCAGCCAGCUAUGAUCAGAAGGAUGCCUGGGUCCGAGAUAAUGUGUACAGUAUCUUGGCUGUGUGGGGUUUGGGCCUGGCCUACCGGAAGAAUGCAGACCGGGAUGAGGAUAAGGCAAAGGCCUAUGAACUGGAGCAGAGUGUAGUGAAGCUGAUGAGGGGCCUGCUGCACUGCAUGAUCAGACAGGUGGAUAAAGUAGAAUCCUUCAAGUAUAGUCAGAGUACCAAGGAUAGCCUCCACGCCAAGUACAAUACCAAAACCUGUGCCACUGUAGUGGCUGAUGACCAGUGGGGACACCUGCAGUUGGAUGCUACCUCCGUGUACCUGCUGUUCUUAGCACAAAUGACUGCCUCAGGACUUCAUAUCAUCCACAGUCUAGAUGAAGUCAAUUUCAUACAGAACCUUGUGUUUUACAUUGAAGCUGCAUAUAAAACUGCUGACUUUGGGAUAUGGGAACGUGGAGACAAGACCAACCAAGGGAUCUCAGAAUUGAAUGCCAGUUCAGUUGGCAUGGCAAAGGCAGCCCUGGAAGCAUUGGAUGAACUGGACCUGUUUGGUGUGAAAGGUGGGCCCCAAUCAGUUAUCCAUGUCCUGGCUGAUGAAGUACAACACUGCCAGUCUAUCCUUAAUUCGAUACUCCCCCGCGCUUCCACAUCCAAAGAGGUAGAUGCUAGUCUGCUUUCAGUUAUUUCCUUCCCAGCCUUUGCAGUAGAGGAUGGCCAGUUGGUAGAGCUCACAAAGCAAGAAAUCAUCACCAAGCUUCAGGGGCGUUAUGGUUGCUGUCGCUUUCUACGAGAUGGAUAUAAAACUCCUAAAGAGGAUCCCAGUCGCCUAUAUUAUGAACCAUCUGAGCUGAAGUUAUUUGAAAACAUUGAGUGUGAAUGGCCACUGUUCUGGACAUACUUUAUCCUCGAUGGGGUCUUCAGUGGCAAUGCAGAACAGGUUGAAGAAUAUAGAGAGGCUCUUGAAGCAGUCCUCAUCAAGGGUAAAAACGGAGUCCCACUCUUGCCAGAGCUGUACAGUGUUCCUCCAGACAGGGUUGAUGAAGAAUAUCAAAAUCCUCACACUGUGGACCGAGUCCCCAUGGGGAAGUUGCCUCAUAUGUGGGGUCAGUCUCUGUACAUCUUAGGAAGUUUGAUGGCAGAGGGAUUUUUAGCUCCUGGAGAAAUUGAUCCCCUGAAUCGAAGGUUUUCUACAGUACCAAAGCCAGAUGUUGUGGUUCAAGUUUCCAUUCUAGCUGAGACAGAAGAAAUCAAGGCCAUUUUGAAGGACAGGGGAAUCGAUGUGGAGACCAUUGCUGAGGUAUACCCUAUCAGAGUACAACCAGCCCGCAUUCUCAGCCACAUUUAUUCCAGCCUAGGAUGCAACAGUAGAAUGAAACUCAGUGGACGACCCUACAGGCAUAUGGGAGUCCUUGGAACUUCAAAACUCUAUGACAUUCGGAAAACUAUCUUCACCUUCACUCCACAGUUUAUAGACCAGCAACAGUUCUACCUGGCUCUGGACAACAAGAUGAUAGUAGAAAUGCUUAGAACAGACCUCUCCUACCUCUGUAGCCGCUGGAGGAUGACAGGCCAACCCACCAUCACCUUCCCCAUCUCACAUACCAUGCUUGAUGAAGACGGAACCAGCUUGAAUUCAAGUAUCCUAGCAGCACUCCGAAAAAUGCAGGAUGGCUACUUUGGUGGAGCAAGGAUUCAAACAGGUAAAUUGUCGGAGUUUUUGACAACGUCUUGCUGCACACAUUUGAGCUUCAUGGAUCCUGGACCUGAGGGUAAGCUGUACAGUGAAGAUUAUGAUGAUAACUACAAUGAGCUGGAAUCUGGUGACUGGAUGAACAGCUCUGAUUCAACCCGUAAUGCUCGCUGUGGUGAUGAAGUUGCUCGUUAUUUAGAUCACCUUUUGGCACACACUGCUCCCCAUCCUAAACUAGCCCCUACCUCACAGAAGGGAGGGCUAGAUCAGUUCCAAGCUGCUGUGCAAACAACCUGCGAUUUAAUGUCCUUGGUGACCAAGGCCAAGGAGCUUCAUGUACCGAAUAUUCACAUAUAUCUUCCUACAAAGAUAUUUCAGGCUUCCCGACCUUCAUUCAACUUACUUGACUCGCCUCAUUGCCCACGAGAGGACCAGGUUCCCUCUGUUCGUGUAGAAAUACAUCUUCCUAGAGACCAGUCUGGGGAGGUGAACUUCAAAGCACUGGUUUUACAGUUGAAGGAGACCUCCAGCUUACAGGAGCAAGCUGACAUCCUUUACAUGCUGUAUACUAUGAAAGGACCAGACUGGGACACUGAAUUAUAUGAUGAAGUGGGUACGACAGUCCGAGAGCUGCUUACUGAACUGUAUGGCAAAGUUGGAGAAAUUCGUCACUGGGGCCUGAUCCGAUACAUCUCGGGAAUCUUAAGAAAGAAGGUGGAAGCACUUGAUGAGGCCUGCACAGCUCUUCUCUCCCACCAGAAACAUUUGACAGUGGGACUCCCUCCAGAACCUCGAGAGAAGACCAUCUCUGCACCUCUGCCCUAUGAAGUGCUCACUCAGCUGAUAGAUGAAGCCAGUGAAGGGGACAUGAGCAUCUCAAUCCUUACACAGGAAAUAAUGGUAUAUCUAGCCAUGUAUAUGCGAACUCAGCCUGGCCUCUUUGCUGAAAUGUUUCGACUUCGAAUUGGUCUAAUCAUACAAGUUAUGGCAACAGAACUGGCCCACUCCCUUCGAUGCUCAGCUGAGGAAGCCACAGACAGCCUAAUGAAUCUCAGUCCUUCGGCCUUGAAGAACCUCCUGCAUCACAUUCUCAGUGGCAAAGAGUUUGGAGUGGAACGAAGUGUUCGUCCCACCGAUUCAAAUGUUAGCCCUGCUAUUUCUAUCCACGAGAUUGGUGCUGUUGGGGCAACCAAAACAGAACGAACUGGGAUAAUGCAGUUAAAAAGUGAGAUAAAGCAGGUGGAAUUUCAUAGACUAUCUAUCUCAACUGAGAGUCAGUCCAGUGGUGGUCAUCCCUUGGGUAUAGAUUUGAUGUCACCGUCUUUUCUGUCACCUGGAACACCUGUGGCUUCAAGUAGUCGGUCCUUUCCUCGUGCAUAUGCUCAACACACAUCUAAAGAUAAUCGUCAAGGUCAGUGGCAACGCCGAAGAAGGCUAGAUGGAGCACUGAACAGAGUCCCAGUUGGAUUUUAUCAAAAAGUAUGGAAAGUUUUACAGAAGUGUCACGGACUCUCUGUGGAAGGUUUUGUGCUUCCUUCUUCAACCACUAGAGAGAUGACUCCAGGCGAGAUUAAAUUCUCUGUUCAUGUGGAGUCUGUCCUGAAUCGCGUACCUCAGCCCGAGUACCGCCAGCUUCUGGUUGAAGCCAUCCUUGUCCUCACUAUGAUGGCAGAUAUUGAAAUUCAUAGCAUAGGAAGCAUCAUUGCCGUGGAAAAAAUAGUGCAUAUUGCUAAUGACUUGUUCCUUCAAGAACAGAAAACCCUCGGUGCAGAUGAUACCAUGUUGGCCAAGGAUCCCGCGUCUGGCAUCUGUACUCUUCUGUAUGACAGUGCACCCAGUGGCAGGUUUGGCACCAUGACCUACCUCUCCAAGGCAGCCGCCACCUACGUGCAGGAGUUCCUGCCCCACAGCAUCUGCGCCAUGCAGUGAGGCCUUUGGGCCCUGGCUGCUGGGAGCCUUUUGACAGCUCGUUCCUGCCUCGCUUGAUUGUGCAUGAGACUGAAACGUGUUGACCUGAUCACUCCUCCCCUGCCCCUUUCCACCCCAUCCCACCCAAGAGGAGUGAACGUUUUCGACAAACUAAUUGCUUUAGAAGUGAACUCUGGCCUGGGGGAACAUGCUCCCCACCAGGCACUCCAUCGUAGGCCUUAAUUCUUUCAUAGUUCCUGAGAGUUUGCAUGUGUUUUUAUUCUCUAGGUCUGUUACAAACGUAGUUUUCUAACUACUGUUUGGAGAGCAGGUAUUAAUAAUAACUUACUACUAAAGUUUGGUUUUUCUCAUGUGUAGUUUCAUUGUGUGAAUGAGUGAUGGGUGCUUUGGGACAUUCUUUCAAGUGGGUAAACCUAAAUUGCUGGAUUUUUAUACUGCCAUAACUUGGAAGUGUCUAUUCUAAGUGCCUUUUCUGGGGAAAAGAGAGUACCAGGUCAUGGUUUCCUUCUUUACUCACAUGUUGCCCCCCCCCCCAGAGUGAUGAACUCCUUUCUGUAUAGAAUUAUCAUCCCUGUUCUUGCCUUCUCUGUAUCCACAUACAUAAUUGCUACUCUCCCUUUGGGGAAAUAUCAAAAAAUGCUAGUGCAGCAUCUAUAUGUAAGAAUUUCUGUAUUAAUAACUGAAAUCACAUUGUAUGAAGAUGGCUGGUACUCUGAGAUGUAUUUGUAGCAGAAAGUGCAGAAUAACCCAGGAGUCAGGAGCCCGAUUCCCAAAACGAAGGGAGAAGAUGCCUGUGUGGUGUCUUACACUUGGGGAGCAGAGGGGGAAUCAGAGGUAGGUUAGUGCCCUGAAGAGAGCCUUGUGCACCCAACUUUUGCCUCUGAAGAGUGGGCCGACACACAGCACACACGGCAAUUGAAGUCUCUGUCUUUGGCAAACAGGAAUCCAGCAGUCUAGUCUACAGCUGCCUUCCCAAGCAGUCCUUCCUUGGUGGUCCUUACCUGUCUCUGUCUCACUCGCCUACUCACUUUCUCCAGCAUCCAACCCCGGACCCACCAACUCACUGCCCUCCCAUCUGUUCUUAAACUCCUCACUUGCUUUUUCACUCCCUGAUUCUAGUGAGUGUUCGUAGCUAUGUGUAUUUUGAUAUCCGUGGGCAUCUAUCUGUUUCUUGUAAAUGCCUGCAUUUGGGUGCGUGUCUAAGCAUACAUGGGAAUUUUUCUGAAUGUAAAUAGUUUCGAUGUUUCUGUAUAUCUAUCUGUAUCUACAUUGGGCAGGCUAUGUAAAUAUGUGUUUGUUAUGCGGAUGGUGGUGACCGUGGCCCCCCAGGGCUGACACCCCGAGGGUAAUGGAGGAAUCUUUAAGUUCUUUUCCCUAGUCCCAUGUUAAGGUAGCCUUGUUUGAAGAACACUUCUCCUAACUUUCUGCCUUAGUUCAGGCUGCUGUAACAAAAGACUGUAGAAUGGGUGGCUUAGACCACAAACAUUUAUUUUUCACGUUUCUGGAGGUUGAGAGGUCCAAGAUCGCCAGCAGAUUCAGUCCCUGGUGAGGACUGGCUUCCUGGUUUGCAAAUGGCCACCUUCCUGCUGUGUCGUCACAUGGCCGAGAAAGGGGGGGAGGGCGGGCACUCUCAUCUCUUCUCCUUCUCAAUAAGUGCACUAAUUUUGUCAUGGGAACUCUUCCCUCGUGACUUCAUCUAAUCCUUGUUACCUUCCAAAGGCCCCCACCUCCAAAUACCAUCACGUUGGGGAUUAAGGCUUCAAGGUAUGAAUUUCGGAGGGAAACACACAUCCAGUCCAUAGCACUCUCCUUCCCCUUAUUUAUGUGUAAAGACUCUACUCAUUUCCCUGUUUGCACUCAGGUAACUCCCUACUUCAAUCCUGUCCUUUCUCUCAGAUUUUUCAGAUUUCUCUCCAAGCAUGGGGAUGGGGAUGGGGAGCUCUCUCAACCAUUCUCAUAGAACCAGUGACAAUCUUUUGAGUACAUGAAUAAGUGAGCAUAGGAAGUAGGGUGAUAGAAAACAGGCGAGUGGAAGUGAGAGAGGAUGGCCGACCUUUUUAGUAUGUCUCUUAGAGCAAAUGGAAACACACAGUAAGUAGCUUUCGGAUCGUGUGAUUUUUCUGGUCGCUGAUAGAGAUAAUUUACAACCUGUGCUGAAACUGUUGGUCUCCACACUGGCUGCAAGCCUACCCCAACCACAAGAAGUACGUCUGGAGUGGCACGGGGGGGGGGGGGGCGGGGGAACCGCCACUCUCUGCCACGCUAAGCUAAGUUGCCUCAACUAAUACUGAUGGCUGCAGUUCCCCAGGCUUUACGAAGUUGUCCAUCACUAUGCUCUCCAUACAGCAUGGCUUCACAUUUAAAGCAACUUUUUGGAAAACUUGAUUUGUAUUUUCUUCCUUUUAAGCACGUGAUACUAAAAGACACCUUGGACCUUCUUUUUUUUUUAAGCACUUAUGUCUUGAAAAUAGAAUUAAAAAUUGGAAUGUCCAAUUAAAUCACGUCUCAUGCCAGUGUGCAAAACUUUA